AAUAUGAUGUACAAUCUACACGAGCAAAUAUUUCAUGCACAGGUCAUUCAUUGUCAGACCAGUCUCAACAUGAACAAGAUAAUUAUAACUCUCGCCGUCUGCCUCGGUCUUGUUGGCUGCGUGUUGUCAGCUGUUAUGCGGGGAAAGGGAGCUUGUCCUAAAGGAGUUAAACCAGGCAAAUCGUGGUACCCCGAGGGAUGUCAGAAAUGUGACUGUUAUAAGGGAAGCUACCAAUGCUUCACAUGCGGUAGUGUCAGCUUCCCGACUGAGUGCAAGGCUACCUAUGACACGACCAAAAAGUACCCAGAUUGUUGUGUUCCUAAACUUGACUGCCCACAGAAUUAAAUGAAAAAUCAAGGUGUUUUGAAGAUUCUAAACACAAUCAACUGAAAUUUAAUUUUAAAACUCUGCUGUAAACGAAAAUUAAAUCUAACAUCUUUCUGAUU